CCCUGUCCGUUUCCGGCAUUUCAGUAAAGCUCCAUUCGGCUGGGAGAAGCCGUGCUCUUCCGGGAAAAUGGCGACUCCCGCUCGUGCUCCAGAGUCGCCGCCAGCCGCGGAGCCUGCGCCCGCUGUGGGCCCCGCUGGGGAUCCUUGCCCGCCGCGCCAGCCGCAGCCCGUGCGCAAUGUGCUCGCUGCCCCGCGGCUUCGAGCCCCCAGCUCCCGAGGACUUGGGGCGGCAGAGUUUGGCGGAGCUGCGGGAGAGGUUGAGGCGCCAGGAGAGACUUUUGCGCAACGAAAAAUUCAUUUGCAAAUUGCCCGACAAAGGUAAAAAGAUCUCAGACACCAUUGCCAAACUGAAAGCUGCCAUUUCAGAACGUGAAGAGUUUAGAGGGAGAAGUGAACUGUUUCAUCCUGUUAGUGUAGACUGUAAGCUAAGGCAAAAAGCAAUCACAAGAGUUGAUACUGACGUAGACAAGGCCCGAAAUUCUGACCUGAUGCUUGAUACUUCAUCAUUAGUUCCUGAAUGUUCCUCAAUAGACAUUAAGUCAUCUAAAACAACUUUAGAAACACAGGAACUUAUACAUCUCACUCACAAAGACAGUGAAGAGACUUUGGAGGCUGGCAGCACAGUGACCACCAGCCCACCUGCUCACAUCAGAGCCCGGAUACCCUCAUCUGAAGUUAAGGAACAUCUCCCCCAGCACCCUGUUUCAAGUCAAGUGGAAGAGAUUUCCAGCAGCAUCGACAGUCUGUUUAUCACUAAAUUGCAAAAGAUUACAAUUGCAGACCAGAGUGAACCCUCGGAAGAAAUCACCAGCACUGAAAACUUUCCAGAACUGCAGACUGAGACUCCCAAGAAGCCUCAUUACAUGAAAGUGCUAGAAAUGCGAGCCAGAAACCCAGCGCCCCCUCCUCAUAAGUUUAAAACCAAUGUGUUACCCACACAACAGAGUGACUCACCAAGUCAUUGUCAGAGAGGUCAGUCUUCUGCUUCCUCAGAAGAGCGGCGGCGCAGGGCUAGACAGCAUCUUGAUGAUAUCACAGCAGCGCGCCUCCUUCCGCUCCACCACUUGCCUGCACAGCUGCUCUCCAUAGAGGAGUCACUGGCCCUGCAGAAAGAGCAGAAGCAGAAUUAUGAGGAGAUGCAGGCAAAGCUUGCAGCACAGAAGCUAGCUGAGAGACUGAAUAUUAAAAUGCAGAGCUACAAUCCAGAAGGGGAGUCUUCAGGGAGAUACCGAGAAGUGAGGGACGAAGAUGAUGCCCAGUCCUCGGAUGAAUGCUGAAGAUGAGUUCUGGGGGAUCCCGAGAGCUGACUGUUGGGCUCUCACUGUCUCAUCAAACUUCCUACCAAGUAUCCAGACCAGGGUCAGACCUUGUUGAGGGACAGCAGGUUUUUAAGUUACACAAAGGUAGCUACAAAAUAAGAACCCAGUUUGUCUUUCAGAAGAUGAUCUUCACGUGCUUGAACAGUUUAAUAUUUGAACAUUGUGUUUGGCCGUAUUGUGUUACAGUUUUGCAGUAUGUUGUGCAUUGGUCUGAUAUUUUAGUGUGAGUAGAGCACACGUUUUCUUUAAGAUAACUGCUUUUUCCUUUUUUGUACUCUGAUGAGAUAGCAUUGCUUACACCCUUUCUGGUGAAAACUUUGUUAUCCCAGGCACCUAAAGUGAAUUAGGAAGGUCUGGUUCCCUCGCUCGAGAAAUGAAGGGAGCAGUCUAAAGAAUGGUACGCAUGCUUGCAUGGACAUGUUCCUAAGAUGCUGGAUGUGAAAUACUGUGGAAGACACUCAGAAACUUUACAGCAGUGCAUUUGCUGCUCCUGUCUUCUCUUGGUGACUGCUGUCUCCUAUGAUGAGGAUAAGGAGCACCUUGAAGAGGUGCUGGGUGGGGGAGGGUCUCCUGAGCUGGUGUGGGGAGCUACUCCUGGCUUCCCUUGGCUUGAACUCAUUGCUGUCUUGAAUGAUAGGUCCCUGUACAGGACGCUCACAUUUGGUAAGGGAACCGGUGUUUUUCUAAGAGUUACAGUUGAAUUGUCAGUAUAUUGCUCUUUUUCCUUUUUAAACCCAAAGAGGUGUUUAUAGGCUGCAGAAACUUCAGUCAUGUAUGUACACAUUUGUGUUGUUUAAAAUGAUUAUAUAAUUGUUUUCAGCAAAGAUAACAGUAUGUUAUCAAAAAGCCUUUGUCUAUUAUGUGGAACUUGUAAAGGAGAAAUAAAAUACCAAUCAGAGCAGCUCCACAUACUAAUGGUGAUAUUUUCUUGGUA